AUAAACGUCAUCAAUAUGCGCCUCUAUCUCAGCUUACGGAAAAGGCUGUCACACGACCUUUCCUGCUGCCUUCCUUUAUCAUGUUUGUUGAUGUAACUUGGAAUUUUUAAAUGUAACAGGGAUAAAAGUUUCUGUUCGUAGAAUAAGAAGAAAAGAACAUGCUUCGUUUCUCUUUAGUUUUCAGCAGAGGAGCGGCUCGAAGGUUUGCCUCAUCUUUCUCCAGUGAGACCGCUCUACCUCCAAACUUGCGCCUUCCCUCAAAUCUUGUGGAUCCUGACAGAUUAAAGCGUCCUCCACCUCCAGAAGACUCCUCCCUUCCUCUAAUCAGGAAGUGCGAAGCGGCACUUCCUGCUCACCUGAGCCCCGUGCGGACGUGGGUGGACACUCUGGAGAGUAAGGAUAGCGAACCUUUGGGUCUGACUGAACUCCACCCCGAUGUCUUUGCAGUGACUCCAAGGCUUGAUAUUCUACAUGCUGUUGAAACCUGGCAGAGAAAUUACAAAAGAAUUAGUCAUGCUAACACAAAGGUGAGGUCAGAGGUGCGAGGCGGAGGCAGGAAGCCAUGGAAACAAAAAGGAAGCGGAAGAGCUCGCCAUGGAAGCAUCCGAUCGCCGCUGUGGAGAGGAGGCGGAGUUUCUCAUGGGCCAAGAGGACCCAACAGUUACUACUACAUGUUACCCAUGAAAGUACGAGUGCAGGGGCUGAAAGUGGCUCUAAGCUCCAAGAUGGCUCAGCAAUACCUCCACGUAGUGGACUCGCUGAACAUUCCCACGCCAGACUCCCAGUAUCUGCUGGAGCUGAUCAGAGACAGACACUGGGGAGAGUCUGUGCUGCUGGUUGAUGUGUCUCAAGAGUUCCCUGAAAAUAUCCUCCAGGCUACAGCAAACCUAAAGACAGUCAACCUUAUUCCAGCCAUCGGUCUGAAUGUGCACAGCAUGCUGAAACAUGAAGCCGUCAUCCUGACUCUGGACACGGUCAGGUUUCUGGAGGAGAAGCUCCUCUGGCACGACAAGCGUUACACGUUUCUUUACCCGUUCAAACUGCCGUACUCCGACUUCCCUUAGAACUGAUCUGUGUCAAAUUCACUGACAAGACUGUUUUAUUUGUUUAUUCUGAAUGUCACAAUAAAUAAUUAUACUUGUAAAAAGUACAAAAACAGUUUUGAAAAUUGUGCAGCUUAAAACUGAGAAUUAAACUUUUGUGGGAGGCGACGGUUUGCCAGAUCGUUCCUGAUCGUCCAGCGAAGCUCGGAGCGUUUCUUCUGCGUCGGCACCGUGUAGGUGUUGGGAACGUUAACCCUUCGGGGCUUCUGCUCAAACACAAUAAAGACAGGAGAUUAGAGCGCCCUCCUUGUCACAGCUGGGCAGGCGGCUCUGAUCGUUUCUUCCAGAACAAGUUGUUCUAUUAAGAGCAGGAAGUGGGAGGUGACGCAUUGUUCAAACGUGAUUUCUCAUAUAACUUCACAUAUUCCCAGAGAGGUUACAUCAGCUCUUAGAAAUGCAGUUCAGAUUUUUUCAUAGACGUGAUGGGAACGUCCAAUUAUCAGGCAUUUCGGAAAGGAGACGGGUUCUGUGUCCAGAGAUUAAAGUUUUUGCUCCAAAAUCGGCAGAUUAGCCCCAAAACCAAAGCUAGAUACAACGUGAAGAUUCUGAUAAAGCUGGUCAUCAUCGCAUCAAUAUUCAGUGAAAUGUGUCCUGUACCAACAUGGGCUGAAAUGCUGGUCAGAGACAAAGAAACCAUUUUAAAAAUCUUCAUUUUUGGAGACACGUGUUGUGGCCUGAUGAAACUAAAGUGGAAAUAUUUGGACAUAAUGACCAUUUGGAGGAAAAUUGAGGAAGCUUUUAACCAUCCAAACUGAAGUACGGAGGUGGCACCAUCAUGAUGUGGGACUGUUUUGCUGAUUUUUUUCUUACAAAUUUCUGACUUUUCAAUAUCAGAGGAUAUGGCUUCAUCAUAAACUGAUGCAUGGCUUUUUGACUAAAUAUAUUGACGUUUUCACAUAAUUGUAAAAUUAAACUGUAAAUUUAUCUCUCCAUGAUCACAUUAUUAUUUUUUAAUCCAUAAAGCAGAGUUGUACGUGUCUGUGCAUUUCUUGCCACUGAAUGAGGAGGAAUGUGACUCAGCUACAAAGUUUUACCUCCAGGCAUUUCUGCCCAGAAGCAAAACUGGUUGUUAUGCAGUCAGCAGAGGCUAUACUGCCCUCUUCUGGUCCAGAUCUGACAGUGCAUCGUUAAAUCAUAAAUCCAGCUGUUUACAGCUGUUAGCAGCAGUAAAAA